AUGAGCUUUCCCCAGAUAGGUCUUGGAGAUGUCAUGACAGCCGUUACUACUGUCUGGACUAUCUACAAGAAUGUCAAAGAAGGACCAGCAAGUGCUUCUGCCGACUUUAACUCAUUUCGGCAAGAAUUCGGGGCCAUAAAAGGAUUAUUGGAGCAGAUUCAAAAGACAAAGCAGCCGACCAUCAAGGGCGAACGAGAUCUGGGGGCCUUCUACAACCAGACGAUUGACGAAUGCGCAGGGUUCGUACAUAAGCAUCGGCAAUUGACGCAGGGUGAAAAGGCCUUGAAGGGUCGGCGUAACAGCUUCGGCACCAAAGCGACCAUCCUAUUCGAGAAGGUUACCUGGCCACUAGAGCGUGACGAAGCGGAAAGGCUCCGACGAAAGCUCGAGAGAUGUCUGAAAAUUGCGACAUUGAAAUCGAGUCAGGAAACGCGAGAUGCGACGUUCGGGUUCAUGAAGGCAACGGAGAAUAAUCAAUUGGAGAAUCUCGAGAUGCUGAAGUCCAUCAAAACCAUGACAUCACAGAUUUCUUUACUUUUGAAGCGAUACAUGCUCGACAGUUCGAUGGAGACCAAUGCCUUUGACGCUCAUGACCCGAAUCACCGUAGGAACAGACUGAGGCGAGCUCUGCUGGAGUCAGAGCAUAUGCUGAGUGCGAUACCCGAGGACGACGACGUGCUCAGCCAGGUGAAUAGUCAAAAGUAUCAAAGGGUUCUAGAUCGCAUCCGGGACAUAUCUGAGCGACUGGGCAAUCUCACUCGGAGGAUCGACACUUACGACACCCAUGGUCUCGCACAACGGUCCCGAUCUGGUGGGCUUCCGCAUACGGUCAAUAGCGACGAUAGCAAUACACUCGAUGUCGCAGCUAUAUCGCGCUUCCUUCAUCAAGUGAGCGACGACGUGCGCGAUGCUUUGGGGAUGGUGGGAUACGGACACGAUCUUGUGCCCAAUCAUGAUCUCUAUCAAAAAGAUCAAGUCUCACCAACAUCACGCCACACCAUCAACGACACUGCCGAGGAAUGGGAACAGUUCCGACAAUGGCUUGACUUUCAACUCGUUCACGCCUUCAAUACGGACGCUCAUGAUUUGGGGCUUCACUCGCCAGGACUGUCUCACCCAUUAAGUCCGAAGAAGUCGCCUUCUCAGGAUGACCGCACAUCAGGACCUAUAUCUCGUCAGAGGUCCACAGAGUCUGAUCUGACCAUUGGGUCUCCUCAGUCAGUGGUUUCUAUGCCGAUACCCGACAGAAGGAUUUCAUUGACAAGCCAUCCGGUGCGGCUAGAAUUUCUCGACCCAAACAUCCCAAAACGUGUGCUACACCGUCCUCUCAUGUGCAAUGUCGUUGCUUGCUUUAACACACAAACAAACGAGCCUGAAGCGAUCGAAGCAGUUGAUGUCCAAGACGGAGCCAGGGUCACUCAAACAGUCAUCCGCGGAUCAUCCACGGUUAAAAGCUCCAUGCACCCAUACGUUCCCAGCCGACGAGUCACUACAGCCCAGCUCGGAGUCUGGUUUCAAGGCUCGCACAAGACAAAGAUCGAAGACCACCAUACAACCACGCGCUACCACAUCUCCCCAAUGUAUCAACUCCAGGACAUGUCCGACUUUGAGUCCUUUCAAGAAGUUCUCCUCCGCCGGAAGGUCAUUUCCUGUAUCGACGCAAGAAAGAUAUCCAUCAAUGCGACAGACUGCCACUCCAACUCGGCAGAAGCAAUCCGGAUACUUGAAGACCCAAUUUCAAAGGGUCUAUCGCUGCUGUACUUCGCUUCUUUUCCGGGCACUUCCCGGCGAGCGAGAUUCAUGGACAUACCCAUGAGCGAUCUUGGAGCGCCCAUCGCCAAGUCGAAGCAGGUCAAAUUCGCAUUUCAAGGCAUCUCGCGGCGCGGCUCCAUGGACAGCGCGACCAGUGUCCUCUCGCACGAGUCUAAGCAUUCGGCCUCCACGUUAGGGUCCGGUCAACGCACCAAAUGUCUCGAGCUGGAAUUCUUUAAUGAGAAAGACUGUGGCGCAUUUCUCCGGGUGAUCAAAGGCACCGAAGCUGGCUGA